AUGUCUGAGUUCUGCGCCCAGUCUGUCAGGAUGUCAGAUCUUUGUGCCCAGUCUCUCAGGAUGUCAGCUCUUUGCGCCCUGUCUCUCAAUAUGUCGGAGCUCUGCGCAAAGUCUCUCAGGAUGUCGGAUAUUUGCACCCAGUCUCUCAGGAUGUCGGAGUCCUGCGCCCAGUCUCUCAAGAUGUCGGAGCUGCACCAGGUCCCUCAGGAUCUCAUGGCUCUGCGCCCAGUCUCUCAGGAUGUUGGAGCUCUGUGCCCAGUCUCUCAGGAUGUCAGAGCUCUGCACCCAGUUUCUCAGGAUGUCAGAGUUUUGCGCCCAGUCUCUCAGGAUGUCGGAGCUCUACGCCCAGUCUCUCAGGAUGUUGGAACUCUGCGCCCAGUCUCUCAGGAUCCUCACCCCACCCCUCAGCUGCCAACUGCACUGCAGAAGGUCAGAGAGGAGGGGAGUGGCAAGCAAAGAGGACAGUGA